AUGGAAAUUCGCAGUGGACUUUAUAACCAGCAGUUUAUGAACCCCGGCCCCGCUCCAAAACCACCAACGGGCAAUCAACCUCGCCUCAACCUCACUCCUAGCACUAAUUAUCCGGGAAGCAUGACGAACGUGGUUUCUUCGCCUAUUACACGCACCGCUACCUCGACAUAUACGGGUUCCACCAUCUCGUUACCAUUGGCUCGUGAGCGAUCGAACCAGACAGAUGGCAUGGGAGGAGUCGCCGUUAUAAAAGAGGGCUGGGCACAGGUUAAAGAGAGUAGGAACUUCAUCCAGCCCUGGAAGCAAAAAUACCUUAUUCUGCGCAAAGAAGCUCUCGAUUUCCACAAGACCGAGGGCGGCAAAGUUUCUUAUACUCUCUUUCUGAAGGAUGUUGUCAAUGUUGGCCGAGUCGAGGCUGCUGGUACUAUAUUCGAGAUCAAGAGACACGCGCAAGGCAGUUCCAAUAGCCCCGGAGAUGAUGAUGGCACCAUUCGAACCUUACAUAUCAGGGUCAAGAGCGACGAUGAUCUUUAUGAUUGGAUUGACCUCUUAUAUGGCCGAUGCCCGACAAUGGGCGGGGUGAGCAAUCCAACCAACUUCUCUCACGCGGUUCACGUUGGCUUCGAUCCGCAGACGGGACAAUUCGUAGGAUUGCCGCCAGAAUGGUCGAAAUUGUUGAAUUCUUCCGCGAUUACUAAAGAAGAUUACGAGCGAAACCCUCAAGCUGUUUUCGAGGUUUUAGAUUUCUACUCGGAUCUCACUAAGAGAGCGGAGAAUCCCCAGCAGUUCCCAAGCCUUACCCCAACACCUCCCCCGGGCAGUCAACAGAAUAAGCAGUUAGGAUACGGCGGCGGUGGCGGCGCUUCUGUUGCGCCUCCGCGGCCAAUGCCGCCUACCCAGCGCAGCUACAGCAAUUCUGUGUCGUCGCAGCAACCUACCUCGCUUCCCAUGCGACCAAAUCCUCCGGAUAUGUCCCAGCAGUGGCAGCAGACACAAAAUGCAGGCGGUUAUGGCCAGUCGCAGGAUGCGGCGCGCGAAGAGCAGCGCAAGAAGCAGCUUGAGCUUCAGAGGCAGCGCGAGAUCGAGGAACAGAACCGACGGGAUCUGGAGGCUUAUAAUGCAUCUAUCCCGCAGAAGAAGGUUCCUAUGGCCCAGCAAGAAAUUGGCGGAUAUGGUGGUGGUUCUUCCAGCUCACCAGACCGCUACAACCCUACCCGAGCAGCACCUCCUGCUCCCAAAACUGCCAACCAGCAAGCAAGCAGCCUUCGCGCUCAAAGGCCUGCUCCACCAGCACCUAGCACCUCGGCCUCUUCCACUACUAACAGGCCUGGAUUAACUUCUCAAACAAGCUCGAGCUCCAUUCAGACCUCACAAUCCAGCCAAGCACAACGUGCUCAGCCACGAAAUGACCAGCAAUCGGCAGCUUCUCGAUAUCCGAAUAAUGCCAAUGGUAGUCAACAGCAACGAGCGAAUGGACAAGCUCAAAACCAAGCACAAGCACGUUUACCUGCUACUGUUAAACCCCUAAAUGUCCCAGCCAAGCCUAGUCAACCCCAGCAAAAUGAUGGCGUUAAGGCUGCGGAAGCUGCGUUAACAGCCAAGCCUUCGCCGUCAGAGAGGAAACAGGACGUUCGCAUGUCUACUAUGUCCGAAAAGGAGGUUAUGCAAAAGCUGAUUGAGGUUGUCUCCAAGGACGAUCCCAACCUGUCCUACGCCAAGCAAAAGAAAAUUGGUCAGGGCGCUUCGGGCUCAGUCUACGUGGCAAAGGUCAAAGAAGGCGCUGUUUCUGGGGUUGCUCGAGAGGUUCUCCGCUCUCAAGGAGCUAGAGCGCAAGUUGCUAUUAAGCAGAUGGAUUUGGCACACCAGCCACGUAAGGAGCUAAUUGUAAACGAGAUUAUGGUAAUGAAGGACAGCAAACACCGAAAUAUCGUCAACUUCCUCGACGCCUUCCUACGAAACAACAAUGCCGAAUUGUGGGUUGUUAUGGAGUACAUGGAGGGUGGUGCUCUGACGGAUGUCAUUGACAACAACCCGGUCAUUACUGAGGAACAGAUCUCAACAAUUUGCCUCGAGACUUGUAGUGGAUUGCAGCAUUUGCAUUCUCAGAACAUUAUCCACCGUGAUAUCAAGAGUGACAACGUUCUUCUGGACGCUCGCGGAAACGUGAAGAUCACUGAUUUCGGUUUCUGCGCCAAGCUCACAGAGACCAAGUCCAAACGAGCAACUAUGGUCGGAACUCCUUACUGGAUGGCUCCCGAGGUUGUCAAGCAGAAGGAGUACGGCCCGAAGGUUGAUAUCUGGUCACUAGGUAUCAUGGCAAUUGAGAUGAUUGAGUCUGAACCGCCAUAUCUUAACGAAGAGCCGCUAAAGGCUCUCUACCUCAUUGCCACCAACGGUACACCACGCUUGAAGAAGCCAGAGAAGCUCAGCAAGGAACUGAAAGCCUUCCUGUCUGUCUGCUUAUGUGUGGACGUCAAGAGCCGUGCUUCGGCGGAUGAACUAUUGCAGCACGAUUUCCUGAAACACGGGUGCCCGCUUCCGAGCCUCUCAGAAUUGCUUGCGUUCCGAAAGCAUGCCAAAUAA